GCUUAGAAGUUAUAGAAAAUUCCGUUGACGUGAUGUCUGACGAUGAACUAAAUCGGACAUUGGCAUGUUUCAUUUGCGAAGUCAGGAAAAGUGAUGGAAGUAAAUACCCUCCAAACACACUUUAUGGGAUAAUUGCGGCAAUUCAACAUUUUUUGAAAGGGAAGGGAAAACAAGUGAGGUUAUUGAACGACGACAAAUUCGAGUAUUUGCGAAAUGCAUUGGACGCUGUGAUGAAAGAAAGUGCGUCGGCAGGUCUUGGACUUACAAGAAAACAAGGCGAGGUAAUAACAUUGAGAGAAGAAGAACAGCUUUGGGAGAAAGGGGUUCUCGGUGAUUCGCAGCCACAACAACUACUUGACACUUUAGUGUACCUUUUUGGCAUUCAUUUUGCGUUGAGAGGGGGCAAUGAACACAGAAGACUUCGAGCAGAUAAUUCGCAAAUUAUAAAAGGCGUUGACAAGGAAACCGGCUUACAUUACUUAGAAUACCGGGAAGACGUUUCAAAAACAAACGCUGGGGGAAUCAAAGACCGAAAAUUGAAAAGAAAAGUGACACGAGCAUACGAGAAUAAAGAAAAUAAGAAACGGUGUAUUGUUCGUUUGUACGACAAGUAUGUCAGUUUGUGCCCUAGUGUUGGCGCUGAGAGUUCGACGGCAUUUUAUCGUACUGCUCUGAAAUGUCCGAAGCCGAAUUGCUGGUACAGCAGUGUACCUGUGGGGCAUAAUAAACUGGCUUCAACUGUUAAACGAUUAUGCGAGCAGGCGGGUCUUUCUGGCUACAGAACGAAUCAUUCUCUACGAGCAACAGCAGCAACUAGGAUGUACGAUAAGGGGGUUGAUGAGCAGCUUAUAUGUGAAAAGACAGGUCAUCGAAGCGAUGCUGUGAGAGCCUACAAGAGAACUUCAAGUGAACAGCAAGUUGAAGUGUCUGAUAUUUUGUACGGUGUUCAUGCAAGUACGUCCAAGAAAAUUAAGGAAGAAGAACGAUGUGAGACUAAAGACAAGGGAUGUGUGGAAAAUAAAAAAGGCGAAAAUGAGAGUUCAAACGCAAGGAUCAGUGGCACGUGUACUGUGAUGUUUCUCGUUUGUGGAAACCAGCUGAAUGUUGCCCCAAAUGCCAUUAAGCUAACGAUGUGGAUUUCAACGAAAGGUGCAAAGAAGGACUGCCUUCAAGACACAAACUGUUGUCUGACCUCACAACCUUGUCUCAAUGCUGGAGUGUGUAAAGCAAGCUAUCCUUCUGACAUCCUGCAUAAGCCACGUUUCACAUGUGACUGUGCCCCAGGCUAUCACGGAAGCCGCUGUGACCAGCCAAUCAAAUCAUGCCGUGGAUAUGUUAGUGGUAGCUAUGACCCACCAGUCUCGGGGCAUUACACAAUCAUGGAUGACGAAAAUCAACCUUUCCGAGUAGUUUGCAAUUUCGUAAAGUCGGCAGAUAAUAUUACAGUAUCUUGGACACUCAUCCAGUCCUAUCAAUUUGGAAAGAGUGUUGAGUUUCAGAAGCCUUUUCUCAGAAACGAUCCUAAAAAUGCCACAACCCCAAACUGGGAAUUUUACCGCCUGUCGAAGGCUAGAAUGCACUCCAUACAGAACGACUCUUCAAAAUGGCGAAUGACUUGUCGAUAUGACAUAGAUAGUCUAAACAAAACUGAUUAUAUCGAAGGCUUAAAAACUCAAGUCGACAUUAUAACUUUUACUGGUUUUAAAUGCAUGAAUGUUGAGUUCGUAAAUGUUCGCGGAAACGAGUGCUCUACUAGCGGCGCGACAAAUUGCCGUGCUUUUUUAAUUCAAAAAGAUGAUAAUCUUACGCUACCAUUCCAUCACGAUUCCUUUAAAAGCCAUAACAAAAAUUGCAGUUAUAAUCCAUCCAGUAUUCCAUGCCACAAUCAUAAAGGAAAGAAAUACGGCGAGGACAACUUUGGUCGAUAUAAGAAUAACUGCGUUAACCCAGCUCAUCGUUGUUCUAUGAGUGAUUUGUCCACGACUCAAACCUGGCUUGGUACUUGAACUGAAAUGGAACACAAUGUGAUG